AAGAACAAUUACUAUCUGUCGAAAAAAUGAAAAAAGUUUGGAAGAAAUAUAUUGAAGAAACUCUAAAUCCGGAUUUACAAGGAAUUGAAUCGUUCAAUAAAAAUCUUCCUGAUAACGAGUCUCUCAGUAAAAAUGAAAUGCUUAGUUUACUUAAUAUUCUUUCUCAAAAGGAAAGAGAACAUAAGAUGGCAGCUAUUGGUUCUAAAGAAAUGAUAGGCGUAUUAGGAAAUAUACUAAAAUCAUCAUUGAAUGAAAGAUCAUUUUCAUCGAGUGAACAAUUGAAAAAAUCUAUCCAGCAAAAAUUACUUUACGAUCAAACACUUAAACAAAAUCAAAAAGAAUACUUAAUUGAUUAUCUCCAAAAAAUUGAGGAUGAAGUUAAUGUUCAUAAGCAAAGCGGCGAAAAACGUCAAUGUGAAAUAUGCAAAAAUUUGACACAUGCUAAACGGUACUGUGAGCAUUGUAUUCGUAAUUAUUUACAGCAGCACUUCAAGGAUUGGACUUCUGGAAAUGCAAUAGUAGAUGAAAUAAUUCAAAAUUGUCAAUUACAAACACAACAUCCACACAGAGUGAUUGAAUGGAUACAACCGAAUCGUAAAUUUUAA